UUCUAACCUCACUUAUUCUUGUCUGUUCUUGUCGUUCUUGUCGUUCUUGUCAUUGCAUUGUUUACACCAAAUAAGUAAACUCAUUUACUCAUUUAUUUAAAAUUUGUUUAACAUUGUGCACUUGGAAAUUUUCGUUUCAAUCUACUAUAUAUACGUGUUAAUUUUGUUAAUUUUCUUUUAUAUAGUAAUUGCGUUGUGUUCUUGUACCGUGUUGGGUAAAGAAUUUAAGAAUUUAAAAAUGAAAAAAUCUCCAUUAAGUAGGUGUGAAAAUCGUCAUAUUCGAAGUCCUUAUGGACACAGACAGUAUCAAAAUUCAAAUAAUUACGAUACUUUGAAGGGUGGUAUGAAUUAUCAGGUUAUUAAUAGGCAAGAUAAUUCGCAGUCAAGUGGUGGAAGUGAUUACAUUCCACUCGAUACAAGUUCGCCUUUGUCGCAGAGAAGUAAUAGUGGUAGUUGGCAAGGAUCAGGAUCAGUUUAUUCAUCUGGUUAUAGGAACAGGGCAACAAAUUAUUACAGCAGUCCAAUCUCUAAUCAGAGUAGUCCAUAUUCUGCUUAUUAUAGUACUCCCAAGCAUAAUUAUAAUAGACAGAAUUUUCGAACUAAUUCUCAGAAAAGCGUGGACAUUGCUGCUUACUUAGAUUUUGAAUCAAUGUUUGAAAAUCCAUGGUCAGAACUAGAGAGUCAAUUAAAUAAUUGGAAAUCUCCAAAUGAAAUUAAAAUUUUUGCAAACGAUAAUCAGAGGGAUUUAAAAGUGAAAAAUAGUAGUGUGAAUUCAGAAGAUUCUUCAUCUUCUGAAAAUUGUUCAAGUCAAGAAAUUAAGUUGACACCUCCAUAAAUAUAAUUUCCUCUAAUUUUGAAUAAUUCUUAUUCUUAAAAAUAGCUUUUAUUUGUACAUAUUUGUUUUUCGUUAUGAACUAUAUUUAAAUCACAUUGUUUUCAAAAUUUUCACUCAUGUUUUUCUUGAAAGUCUAUCUUAAUUAUAACAGUCAAUCUGCGAAUCUUUUUAAGAUUAAUUAUUUUUUAAAUUACUUCAUAAAUAUGUUAAUGAAAUCGUUAAUAUUAUUUACAUACACAGAAUUGGCACUUUUAAAAAAUAUUAUCGCUUUUAUUUCGAGCUAAUGGAAAAAAAUGCUAAACUUGAUUUUUGCAGAGUAUUUUUUAAAUUAUAUAUUAUUGCUAUAAUUCGAGAUACAUAUAAGAACAUAAAUUUGUGUAUAAAAAUAUUGUAUAAUUAUAAGUGUUCGUGCAAUUAUUUAAUUACAAAUAUGUCUACAUGAUUUUG